GGACGGCAGUGCCGGGCUGGCAUGAUGCUAUAUAAGCUGGGGUAGCUCGGCGCUGGGCAACCUGGCCCCGCAGCACCAUGAAAUCAGGCCACCUCCUCCUGGGGCUCCUCGCCCUCUGGGCUGACCUGACACCUGCCUCUGGGCAGCUCCGUCAAGCUAACGCCAUCUGCAAUCUCCCUGCGGAACCCGGCCCAUGUGAGGCCUACAUGCCCAGCUACUUCUACAACUCGGCCACCAAGAGGUGCGAGGAGUUCAUUUACGGCGGCUGCCAGGGCAAUGCAAACAGGUUUUCCAGUGUGGACGAAUGUCUCAAGACCUGUGGAAGCUCAGUGAAAACGGGCAAGUGCCCCACUCCCAUCAACCGGGGGGCUGCGAACUGCGAUAACUUCUGCUCCACGGACGCUGACUGUCCCGGAUCUGAGCGCUGCUGCAGUAACGGCUGUGGGACGGCGUGCAGACUCCCCAUAGAAGUAAACCCAGGGUACUGCCAGGAGGCCCCACCCGGCACGGUGACAAUCUGCCUUGCGAAAUGCAGUAACGACAGGGAAUGUGGAGCGGGCAGCAAGUGCUGCAGCUGGGGAUGCCUUCUGCUCUGCGCACGGGCGGUGCCAGCCCAUCCGGGCACCUGCCCCAAGAGGAGAGUGCUGCAGACGUUCGCGCCGUGUGAGAAUAAGUGCAGUGACGACAGGGACUGUCCCACCAGGCAGAAAUGCUGCUUUACUGGCUGUGGCCUCGGCUGUCUGUCCCCUCAGACAGGUGACAUUUGCCAACUCCCACCUGAGAGGGGCCCUUGCAGGGGACAGAUUCCGCGCUUCUUCUACAACCCGGCCUCCAGGACGUGCGAAAGCUUCAUCUACGGCGGCUGCCGGGGCAACGGGAACAACUUUAGAACUCUCCUGGAGUGCCAGCAGGCCUGCAGGAAACGCGGUAAGGGGACCGAGCGCGUGAACCCGCUCGCAUGGGCUGGGACAGACUGAGAAUUAACACAACUG